AACAAAUUUUCGUAGGCUACGAUUUUCCCUGAGUUUCCCAUUCUACCCCUCCGACCGACACGUUUCCCUCUUUCUCGCCCGACGCCACCGACCACUCUCUCCCCACUCACCCCCGCUCUCUCUCCCUCGCGUGCGACGCCCCCGCUUGCCUCUCUCUCGCGCGCGACGCCGGCCACCAGGCGCCUCUCUCUCUCGCGCGCGACGCCGCUCUCUCCCCGUUGAUGCUCCCUCUCUCUCCCUCUCGCCGGCGUCUUGCUCCGCAUCGCCGCUCACCGCUCCCCACCACACAAAGCUGCCAUUUUUAUUUGUCGGCGACGGCUGCUGGGCGAGGAGGAGCUGGAUCCACAUGCGCUGGUCCUCGAUCUGCUUGUGGAUAGGCGUGAGGAGUCGCUGAAGCGGAGCCCAAGCGGCACCGGCGCGGGCGUGAAGACGACGACGGGAGGAUCUGGAGCCCGAGCGGGAGGAUCUGGAGCCGCAUCUCAAGUACUCCGGCGACACAACGGCGCUUGAUGUGGAGCCCCACCGGCGCCGCUGCCGGUGGUGGGGCACCAGUUCUGCGCGCCCUACGUGGUGCCGCUGACGGUGACCAAGAAGGCGCUCAGCCUCUCCGACGGCGACUUCGCCAUCACCGAUGCCAACGGCGCCGUCGUGCUCAAGGUCAAGGGCGCCAUCUUCAGCAUCCGGAGCUGCCGCACCAUCCACGACGGCGCUGGGAUGCCCCUCCUAACCAUGCAAGAAAAGAUUGUUUUAAAGAAGGGCUAUUGAAAAAAGAUGUGUGAGGGCAUCAGUCACUCUCAUGCCGGCAUGCCGCACUUUCAGCUAGCAGGUGAAAGAGACCCUCUUAUGGGAAUAAUGGAGUACAGAAAUGAUAGUGGGUUCAAAGUAAGGCUGAGAGGGAGUAAUGGGCGAGGAGAUGAACCUAGGAGAGCAAAAUUGAGAACUCCAGCUAAAGCAGCUCCUGCCCAGCGGCGAGGACUUCAGCGGCAGCAGCACCUGUGCAUGGGGAGGAACAGCCCUUGGGCGCGCGUAGGCAGCAGCUCGCCUCCACUAGCGGGCGGCAGCAGAGCACCAGCUCGCCUCCACCAGCGGCCGGCAGUAGAUCAGCACCUCGUCUCCACCAGCGGGCGGCAGCAGAGCACCACCUGGGCGCGCGGGGGCCGGGAGGAGCCCCUGGCGUGGGAGAGGAGCGCGGGGGUGGAGGGCAGGUGGCGGAGCCGCGGAGGCGGAGGUGGAGUGCCGGGGCGGAGGUGGAGGGCGGGUGGCAGAGCCGCGGAGGCGGAGGUGGAGUGCCGGGGCGGAGGCGGAGGUGGAAGACGCUGAGGAAGAUGACGGACAGAUUCAAAGUUUGAACUGGGGGCAUAAAGGUCCAUUUGCCCAUUUUCACCUGGUCGGAACAUAUUCCCCAGCGACAUACAUUUCGGAACAGAGGGAG